AACCAACAAUGUAUGUCUAGAUCACCAAGAACAACUCCAAUUGACUUGACUCAAUUGAACUCUCUGCACUUACCAAUUCCGUCUUUUUAUGAAACUAAUGUCCAAGACGAAUCUUCAUCAUCUAAUUCCAGCACAGAACAGAAUGUAAACCAGCAUGUGAACAGAAAUUUUUCAUCACAACAAGUCACACCAAGCCAUGAAACAACCCAACAGAAAACCAAUCCAUUAUCUGUUAACAAUGGUGGAAGAGUUAACAAUUUUUCUGAAAUUCCCUCCAGGUUGCCUGUUAACAUCCCACCAACUGCAGUCUUUGCUCCACCAUCUUCAAGAUCUAAAGGAAAACAACAACAAAAUCAAACUGACGAUAGUAAUGGUUCAAAUUUUUUCAAAGAUCUCACUCCCAUGGUGAUCAAACCAGGCUCCAGAAAGAGAAGAAAUGAACCAAAAACUCCAACAGUUUCAUCUUCUCAACCAGAACCUAAGAAACAGAAAUUUUCAACAGAAACCAAUAUUGAUGAGGAUGUGAUUGAAGCAAAGGAAACAGAUUAUACUGAUCUUUCUCAACAGGCAGCUGUGCUUAAUGAGUUCUUUGGUUUUGACUUGCAAGAACCUUAUGAAAAGAAUAUUAUAGAUAACCUUACUCAUUUAAA